CAAAAAAUCAUGUCGUUGAUGGGUUCUUUGGCGACAGCGGCGACAGCGAUGAGUCAGAGUGGGCCAUGGAAAGCGGCUAUUGCGCAGCAAUUGGAUCGGCUCUCCCACCGAUAUGACGGGAUUGCGCCGCUUUUUGACGCCUAUACACGCUUACUCAAACAAAACAAGCAACUGAAGGACGAGAACAGGGUCAUCAAGGAUGAGUUGGAUGAAGCAAAGGAGGAGAUGAUUGCGCGACGACGCUCAAACACACGGUCCGGGCGAAAAGCAAAGGACAACGUCGUGGAUGCAGUGGAGUUCGAGAAACUACACACGCGAUACAGCGAGCAGUGUGAGGAGCUCCUGCGCGUGUACAAGGAGCGCGCACAGGUGAAUCACAGCGAAUUGUUGGCGCGGCAGCGGGCGCAAGACCUUGAGGCGGAAAUGACCGAGCUCAAACAACGACUGGAGAGGGCGGAAGAGGCGAAAGGAUCGCACCUGGAGCUCAUCGAGACCCUCAACUCAAUGAUCGAUCAGAGAGACAUGUCAAUAUCGUCGCUCAAGGACGAGCUGAGCGCGCUGUCGCUGCAGUACACACUCGUGGAGGAGAAGCGGCAGGAGGUGGAGCAGGAGCGAAACGAACUCCUAUCGCGCAUGCUUGAGAUGAAGCAGCAGCAAGCAGACAUGCAGAACGACCUGCUGGCGGAGGUUACGCGGAAACGCCACGAGAAGAUUGCAAAGGACAUUGAGGAUGCGCAGAAGGAGCUGCCGGAUGCCGACGAAAUGCCAUCCAUCCUGCGCCUCGGACUGCCAACAAAAGCAACACACAACCUGGAUGCCCAUCCUGGCGGUGCGUUUAGCGUCGCCCAUUCGUGCAGCGGCUCCCUCUUUGCCAGCGGCGGUGCAGACGCCACCGUCAAAGUCUGGAACUCUUCUGGGCACAAUACCCAGUCACUGCGUGAGCACACGGGCACUGUGACGUGCAUCGACUUUGCGCCCGCCGGAGACACCAUGGUCUCCGCCUCCAACGACAAGAGCGUCCUCAUCUGGUCCCUUCGAACAAGCCGGUCAACGUUUCGCUGCACCGGACACACUGACAAAGUGUACACGGCACGGUUCCUUGGGCACACGAAAGUGGUGUCUGCGAGUCAAGACCGCACGAUGAAGCUCUGGAACGCCGCCCGUGGUAUUUCGGAACGCACAUACCUCCUGCACUCCACAUGCUACGACAUCGCCUCAGUGGAUGGCCCGCGAUUCUUGAGCGGCCACUUUGACAAGUACGUUCGAGAAUGGGACACUAGGCAGAGCGGGACAAAGCCUGUUCGGGAGCUCAACACCGAGCACCGCGAGGCCAUUGUUGCCGUGGCAUUGUCUCCAACCAGAGACUAUCUCUUGACGAGCUGUCGAGACGGGCAGCUGAAACUCGUGGACUUGCUCCAAAUGCGUGUUGUCAAGUCAUUCACCUCCGAUGACGCGACGGGUCAAUCGGCGUGCCACCCAAGCUUCAGCCCCGACGGUGCACACUUUGCGGUCGGUCGCCAGUCAGGCGUCAUUGAGAUCUGGAACAUUCACAAGACGGAGAUUGUGCAGACACUUUCCAGCGCCUGUCACGCGGGCCCCGUAAACUGCGUGUCAUGGGGAUCAUCUGAGCUUGUGUCCGCUGGAAAGGACGGCAGAUUAAUCGUGUGGGAGGACGACUCCCUGUCAACAUGAUGCACACCUCCUCUUGUUGGACUUUUAUGUAGUACGGUGGCAUAAAAAUAGAACAUUUUACAUCA